AGAGGGAACGUUCGGCGAAUUUCAACAGUGCUGAAGUUCAACUUCUUGUUAGCCUCGUCGGGAUAAACAAACUUAUAAUAGAAAAUAAAAAAACGGACGCUAUCACUAAUAAGGAUAAAGAAUCCGCAUGGAACAAAAUUGAAACUUCUUUCAACUCGAGUUGGAUCUCUUCAAUUGAACGCUCCUGGAAAACAUUAAAAUUAAAAUAUGAAGGGGUUAAAAAAGGCACAAAAAAUAAGUCCUCUAUCCAAAGACAGGAGAUGUAUAGGACUGGAGGGGGUCCUUCCAAUGCUCCUGAAUUUACAGAUGUGGAAGCAAAAGUUAUGAGCAUUUGCUCUAACAUAAAAGGAUUGGAUGCUCGUCAUGAUAGUGAUACCAUCAAAAGUGUUCCAAUAUCUAUCAGCGAUAUGUUUGGUUGUGACACUGUCACAUCCAAACUUGAUGAAUUAAGUUCAGCUCGCUUGGAACUUUUGCAAAUUCAAAUGGAGACUGCCAGAAAAGAACAGCAGCACCAAGAAGAGGAACACAAAUUGAAAAUGCAACAUCAGGCUAAUGAUGAGAAGAGAAAACAAGAAAUACAUGCUUUACUACUACAAAAAUUAAAUUAUGCUCCACUCUCAGAUGAUACUAUUUGUAAACAUCUCUAA